UUCCCCCCCCCCCCCAGCCAGUCAGCCGCACUCCCUCCUCCCGGGAAAAGCAAGCGACGGGAGGGGGGAGCCCCGACCACCCAGCCACGCGCCCCUCCCCUGCUCCCCGACCGCGCACAGGCACCCCCACGCUGCCCACCCUUGCUGCGCGCUCGUGCCUGGCCGCGCCCCCUCCCCUCCCUCCUCCUCCUCCUCCUCCCCCGCCCCCUCCCCACUUCAGGGCGCAUGAGAGAUGUCUGCCACCAGCGUUGACCCCCAGAGACCAAAAGGACAGGAUAAUAAAGUACAAAAUGGUUCUCUUCACCAAAAGAAUACAGUUCAUGACAACGAUUUUGAGCCUUACCUUUCUGGACAGUCAAAUCAGAACAACAGCUAUCCAUCAAUGACAGAUCCCUACCUGUCCAGUUAUUAUCCGCCUUCUAUUGGCUUUCCCUACUCUCUCAGUGAAGCACCAUGGUCAACUGGAGGAGACCCUCCUAUCCCAUACCUCACUACUUAUGGACAACUCAGUAACGGUGACCACCAUUUCAUGCAUGAUGCUGUGUUUGGACAGCCAGGUGGACUGGGGAACAGCAUCUACCCACACAGAUUUAACUUUUUCCCGGAAAAUCCGCCUUUCUCCGCAUGGGGAACGAGUGGGUCUCAAGGGCAGCAGACUCAGAAUUCUGCCUAUGGAAGUAGCUACAGCUACCCACCCAGCUCUCUGGGUGGUACCAUUGUGGAUGGGCAGACUGGAUUCCACAGUGAGACUUUAAAUAAAGCUCCCGGGAUGAACAGCAUUGAACAAGGAAUGGUUGGACUGAAAAUUGGAGGGGAUGUUACAACGUCUGCAGUGAAAACGGUAGGGUCAGUGGCGAACAGUGCUGGGAUGACAGGCACUUUGUCUGGCAAUGGUGGCUCAAGUAUAAACCUGCCUGUUUCCAAGCCAACUUCUUGGGCUGCUAUUGCCAGCAAACCUGCAAAACCUCAGCCCAAGAUGAAAGCAAAAAGUGGGCCUGUAAUAGGUGGGGCUUUACCUCCACCUCCCAUUAAGCAUAACAUGGACAUAGGCACGUGGGAUAAUAAAGGUCCAGUGGCCAAAGUCCCAACUCCUCAGCAGAUCCCUUCUCCUCAGUCAGUCCCACAGCCACAAAUUAUUCAGCCUAUUCCUGCCCAGCCACCUCCGCUGACCCAGCUGCCAUAUCAGAACCCUCAGCCGCCGCCGCCGCCACCACAGAACCGGUGGGUGGCGCCGCGCAACAGAAAUGCAGCUUUUGGUCAAAGUGCAGGAACUGGUAAUGAGAGCAACUCGCCUGGCGCUACCCCAGCUAACUCCAUCCCAAGUGGCGAAUCCCAUCCUGUCCUUGAAAAACUGAAAGCAGCACACAGUUACAACCCUAAGGAUUUUGAGUGGAACCUUAAAAAUGGGCGUGUAUUCAUAAUAAAGAGCUAUUCCGAGGAUGACAUUCAUCGUUCCAUCAAAUACUCCAUUUGGUGUAGCACAGAACACGGCAACAAGCGUUUGGACAGUGCUUUCCGCUCUAUGAAUAGCAAGGGGCCGGUCUACUUGCUCUUCAGUGUCAAUGGCAGUGGGCAUUUUUGCGGGGUGGCGGAGAUGAAGUCAUCGGUGGACUAUGGCACCAGUGCUGGGGUCUGGUCUCAGGACAAAUGGAAGGGGAAGUUCGAUGUCAAGUGGAUCUUCGUGAAAGAUGUGCCCAACAAUCAGCUCCGACAUAUCAGGCUGGAGAACAAUGACAACAAACCCGUUACAAACUCCCGUGAUACUCAGGAGGUGCCCUUAGAAAAAGCAAAGCAAGUGCUUAAAAUUAUUGCUACAUACAAGCAUACCACCUCCAUCUUUGAUGACUUUUCUCAUUAUGAAAAGCGCCAGGAGGAGGAAGAGGUGGUGAGAAAGGAACGUCAGAAUCGAAAUAAACAAUAAGAAUAAACAUAUAUAUGGUUUGCUAUAAAUAUAUAUAUACUAGAACUGAUAUUAAAUUUGAUUAUGAAAAAUUGAAUCUUUUUAAAAAGUACUCUGGUGCUGUAUUCCAGCAUCAGGAGACUGUAAAGCUUUCAGCUCCAAUAUCUUUUUGUGCAGGGGAAAUUAAAUACUUGCAUCUUUUAAGUACACUGUAGUGUGUUUUUAUUUUCUUGUUUUUGCCCAGGUGAAUAUGCAUUAAUUUGUACCUUUUCUAUGUAAAAUGGUGUAGAAUCCAUUAAUAAAGGUGUGUUCUGUUUUUUAAUUUUUUAAGUUGUAAACAAGUUAAUCUGUAAUUGAAUAUUCUGAAAAUAUUAGUAUUCCCAAAGACUUCUUAGAACUUACUUCAGCACAAAUUAUGUUUCUAAUCUGAAAAGUCACCAUAAUUUUAUAUUUAUGUGCUACAGAUCCUCUUGUCUCACCAUCCCUACAAUUUCCUUGAUUCUCUAUGGCAAGCAUAAAAACAAGUUGAUUUUUGUUGUUGGUGUCCUUUUAAGUUAGUUUGGAGAAAUAACCCAUAUCAAAAGCAUUGACUUCAAUAUGGCUAAGCUUGGUUCACGUUGUAUAGUUCACUUUUUCAGUUUCUGUUAUUCUUGGGGGGUGGGGGCUAACGAAAAGGCCCAGAUUCACAAGGAUCACUUCACAUGCAAGUGCAAAAAUGGAAACCGCACAAGCACAAUUGUGCAUUUGCUGUUACUUUUAUUAGACCUUGCAUAUGAAAUAUUCCUCAUGGAUUAUACAUUAUAAUGUCUCAAAAUGGCUUCCUUAUUUGGUGAACUAGUGCUUUUUAGUGGGGAUUUGCGAUACAUCAUAUUCUGCAAGAAAAAGGUGAGCCAUUUUGCUCUCUGCCAGCAGUUUUGUUUUGUAGCUUUUAAUGAUUUACAUAAUGGGUUCAUAAUUGUAGGGGCUUGGGGCAGUGUGGCUUUUAAAAGAUUUUUUCCAGCUUUCCAAUAAUGCCAUUACACACCUUGUUUUUAAUCUGUCCCCUUUUUUCUUUCUUCAUCUCUCCCCCACCUUAAAAUGCCACUUAAAUUUUUUACAGAUAAUGGUGAGCUUUAAUAUAGAAUCUUAGUACAGACUCAUAUGAUGGAUUAUGCUUCAGAUGUUUAUAAUUGACUGUGUGUGUCUAUUUUUUUCUGUUGGAUGAGUAAAAACAACUGUUUUAAGAAACGGAAUUUGCUGUCAUGUUUUUGUGGAAUGAGAGAGCUGUCGAAGAACUGGCCAUCAACCGGAGUUUCCAAAUUUAGCAUGAAUUCUUGGUGCCCAUGCCUGUUGCUCUAGCACACCGAAUCUGCACGUGUUUAUUGUAGAGGAUCUUUUACUUAUAUUAGAAAGCAAAUAUCUUCUGAAAACUAUUUACUCAAGAGGACCUCCAAUUUAAAUGAAAGUUUAAGCUGUAUCAUUUAGACUUGUAUUUAGAAUCUAUAGCUUUGUCUCUGGACUGUUGCUUCUGAUGUAAGAAGUGAUGGGGCAGCAUCAGAUUAACUUUUCCUCUAGGAGAAUACAAGCCUUAAUAAAUAAUACCUACUUAGCAA